AAGGUCGGUCGAGUCGCUCGUCUCGUCACACCACCACUUCAUCGGCUGCCAAUCCUCGCUCGAGUCCACGAAGGAGCAGUCAGAGCAAGUUCAGCUGAUCGCUUGCAUUGCGCCUUCAUCCCACAGUCGUCAGUCUCUUGCCAUCUAUCAACAUGGUGGCUGCAAUCAAAGGACUCGAAGCCUUCACAAAGCAUAUUGGACAGAGCAAGCCGACCAUCAUUGACUUUUGGGCGACAUGGUGCGGACCCUGCAAGGUCAUUUCGCCCAAGUUUGAAGCCAUGUCGAGCGAAUUUCCCGGCGUUCAGUUCCUCAAGGUCGACGUGGACGAAGAGCCUGAGAUCGCACAAGAGAACAAUAUCCGAGCGAUGCCCACUUUCAUCGUCUACAAGGAUGGCGCAAAGGUCGACCAAGUAGUUGGCGCAGAUGCGACCAAGCUCAGACAAGCGAUCGAGAAGGUUGCAGCAAGCGCAUAAAAAUAGAGUUGCUUGCUCCUCUGUACAGUAUCGCUUCAAUUGCACCUUGAUCUCGCAUGGAUGUGCCAAGCCAGACUUCCACUGCGCAGAGCAUAGACUAGCAUCUCGAAGUCACAUGAGAUGCAUGCGGAGACAAAGCUAAUCGC